AUGAGUGAAGCUAAAAUUUUACAAAGAGAUGCUUCUGCUUCCAAAUCUCAUAAAAAUAAAUUAUUAAAAGAAAAAAAUGUAAAAGAAGAAGCUAAUAGUAGCCCCGUAGAGCCAAUCGAAACUGAUGCAAUGCUUGAAAAACGUGACGAAAAUCGAUUAGCUAAUGCUAUAUUAAAUGCUUCUAAAGGGGAAAAUGAAUUUCUUCCUCCCCAGCUACAGGCUAAUGGGUCUAGUGGUGGUAGAAACACUGCUUGUGUUGAGGUUAGAGCACGCUCUUCUAGUCCACGGAGGAUUCCAUUAUUUGAGAGAGCUUCAGCUAGAUGGUGGAAUCCCCAAUUUGCUUCACCUACAUUAGAAACUCAAUAUUGGAAGUGUUCUUUCCCUUUACUGAGAGACCGAUUCCGUUCAGGACUAUUAUAUAUCCUUAUUUGUUGUUUAAGUUGGUUAUUAUUUCUUUGGAUAUUUAAUCAAACACAGCCUUUUCAUUGGUUAAUCGCCUCCCUCCUUUGUCUCCUUUUUGGUUUAAUGUUAUGGUUUGCUUCAUGUUCACCCCAUUAUCGCCGUUUUUAUCUACCAACUUCAUUUCUGUGUACCUUCCUUUUGUGUCUAACAACUUUGUUUAUUUGUUCAAGUGCCGAAACUUUUAUGGGGCCAAUAGCUAGUGUUGUUCAUUUUCGAACUGGAACUAAAACAGCAAUUCAUUUAUGUAUUCAUCUACUUGGCAUACACCUUUAUAUACUCACACAAGUUAGACAACGUAAAACAUUCCUCAAAGUUGGGCAAUCGUUAUUGGCAAGGAAAGAUUUGGAAUUGGAAACACAAUUUAAAGAUCAUAUGAUUCAGUCUGUUAUGCCUAAAAAGGUAGCUGAUGAACUGUUAAAAGAAACGAGCGAAUUACGUCGUCCAUCUGCUUCGUUAGAAUCCCAUUCAAAUUGCCGAACUUCAAAUGCUACAGUUGGUGGCGGUGGGCGUUCUAGUGCAGCUGGGGAAUCUACAAGUGGAGGGGGUCUCAUGCCGGGACCAAAUGGCAGAUUAUCUUCGUCUGGGGGUGGUGUUCGCAAAUUCCGCCCUUUCACAAUGAAUUUAAUGAGUGAUGUUUCAAUACUUUUUGCUGACAUUGCAGGCUUCACAAAAAUGGCUUCGAAUAAAUCAGCCGAUGAAUUAGUCAAUUUAUUAAAUGAUUUGUUUGGCCGUUUUGAUUAUUUGUGUGGGAGGUGUUGCUUGGAGAAGAUUAGCACACUUGGGGAUUGUUAUUAUUGUGUUGCUGGUUGCCCAGAGCCUAGGGCAGACCAUGCCAAAUGUUGUGUUGAAAUGGGGUUGGCAAUGAUUAUAGCUAUUAGACAGUUUGAUUUGGAUAGAGGACAAGCUGUUAAUAUGAGGGUUGGAAUACAUACUGGAAAGGUAAUGUGUGGAAUGGUUGGCACUCGCCGUUUCAAAUUCGAUGUAUUUUCCAACGAUGUAACCCUUGCUAACGAAAUGGAAUCAACUGGGGUUGCUGGCAGAGUUCAUAUUAGUGAAAAAACUGCAGACUAUUUGGACGAUGCUUAUAUUUUGGAAGAAGGUGCUCCCCAUAAGGAAAUGAAAACUUUUUUUAUUGCUGGCCGCUCUAAAGAAUUUGAAUCGGCUAGUGGUCAGUUUCUAAACACAAUUUCUGGCGAUUCUGAUUCUGCAAGAGGUGAUGGGGGACUUGCUAGUUUAGAGAGUGGAGCUGGUGUUUACAAAGCUAGCUUUAGAAAGAAAUUAGUUGACAAACUCCGCACAAUACAAACAAAUUCCCUACCACCAGUCUCCCGAGCAGGCACAACCACUACAACAACAAGUCAACAAUUAAUUGGGGGAAGUAAUAUAACCCCAUUCCACGCAUUUGGAGGGGGUGGUUCUCUUCGAAUGCGUUUAUUAGAUCGUUCAAUAGAAAAUCAGAAUCAACAAUUUUUAAAUAAGGAAGAAAAAGAUAUUAAUAAAUUUCUCUCGAGUAACGCUACUGGGUCAGCACAAGUAUUGACUAGUAUUGGGGAAUCUUCGACAGAUGAAAGUAUUGGAGCUUUGGGGAAGCAGAAGAUGCAUAAACAACAACAAAUGCAGAAUCGUCUUGUUGAUGAUACACGUAAAUCAACCUCUUUACAAAUGUUAACUCACGGGGAUGGAAUACUUCCACCUUCAAAUACUCCUUCCAGCAAAAUUGCACGUAGUAUUAUUGGAGGCACUCCACCUCCCAAUAAAACAAGUGAAAGUGAUUUAUCAGAGGGUGUUAGAAAGGAGAAAAUUGGGGUUAGCAAUAAAGAAUUGAAAGAAAAUGGUGGGGGAGGAGAGGAGAAAAAUCAUCAAUCCAAACAAGAAGAAAAAUCAAAAACUAAUAGUUAUGUUGAUUGGCGCACAGCAGAACGUAUAGGUGGUAAAAUAUCUGCAGAUCUUGCAAAUGAGAGUAGUGCAAAUAAUAGUGGAAGGGGGUCAAGAAGUUCGGGAUUACAGGAACUUGGUUCUGAAAUUGGUGGGCACUCUACCACUUCCCUCGCUGGACUAGACACAGCAAUAUCACAUCAUCACAACGCAGCUUCACUUACCAGAUUUGAUACAGACCAUCGGGAUUUUGAUCAGCGUUUAGCACAAGUCAUUCACACAGCAGAUGGGUCAUUUGCCAAAGGGUUUUGGAUGCAUCAAGAGUCAUUAAACCGAUGGACUCUAAAUUUUAAUCAAAGAGACAUCGAGGCUGAAUAUCGUGCCCAUUUUGCGGUAAAUGAGAUUAGAUCACACCUACAAAAAUCACAGAUUUCCCUCUUAUUUAAGGCAGGUGACUCUUCUGAAAAGCACUCUAGUGCGCGUAAUGCAGCUACUGGCAUUGAGAAGCAUAGACAAUUAUCUACACAAUUACAAAAUAUUGGGGGUGGUGGACAUAGUGUUACAGCAGCACUUUCCCAACAACCCCGACAAAACAAAAAUAACAUUAACAACAAAAAUACAAAACCCCAACCCCAACAACAAUUAUUAAUUAAUAUUCCCCACCGUCACCGCCCCCGUUAUCGUUAUUCUGGUGUUUUUAUUGAUAUUUUUGUUUCUGCAUUUUCUUUUGUUGUGUGUGCAAUUUUGUUUUUGGUACAGCCUGGAAUUGAAUUAUCCCCUCCUUUUUUGGUUUAUAUCUCUGUAGCAGCAAUAUUUCUAACUGCUGUAAUUAUACUUGUCGGUCUACCUUUACUCAGUCGGCGGCCAAUCCUCCCAUGGCUUCAUCAAUGGGGUCCGAGACAUGUUUUGGGUGCAUUAUUAAUUGCUUUGCCUGUCGGCGUUGCUUUAUUUAAUAUUCCUCUAUGUUUGGAUAAAAUAAUUUAUUAUUAUCCCCCUCCAAAAGCUCCAAUUAUUUGUAUUCAUCCUGGUCAAUUAGUUCUUCGUUUACUUUAUUCUUAUGUUUUGUUAUUGGCUUUAUACACGCAUUGCAAUUUUAGUCAACUCGGUGCCUGGCCAAAGACAGGGCAAGCAUUGGCUGUUGCACUUGUAUUUUUAUUAAGCACCUGGUUUUGUCAACACCAAUUAGACUUUAUUCGCUCCCUCGGAGCAGAUUCCACAUCAUUAUCUCCCUUCCAUUCAUUAAUCGAAGCCUCCAAAAAUUCAAAUUCCUCUUCCUCAAUAUAUUUCCAUGACAGUAUUCAACCCCAUCCAUUGCCUUGCAAUACUUCCCAACAACCUGUUUGGUCUGCUGGGAAUUUUGGAUCUCCUUUGUUUUUAUGGGAAUUGGUUUUGGAUGUUGUUUUGGCUGUUGUUUUAGUUGCUUUUCUUAAUUAUCAGGCAAAAUAA